CGUCUGUAAGCUGCCAUCUUUUUUUUUACCGGUCUCGUCCUUUUCGAGAGUUACCUGAUCCAUUUCCUUUUCCGGUUUGACGCCAUAAUCUAUUGGCAAAGAUGUUGAUGCCCAAGAAGAACCGUGUGCAGAUAUACGAAUACUUGUUCAAGGAGGGUGUCCUUGUAGCAAAGAAGGAUUUUGGAGCACCCAAACAUCCCGAGAUUGAUGUCCCCAAUCUGCAUGUCAUCAAGGCAUUGACAUCUCUGAAGUCCCAGGGAUAUGUCAGGGAACAGUUUGCUUGGCGUCACUUUUAUUGGUACCUUACCAAUGAAGGUAUCCAGUACCUGAGAGACUUCCUCCACCUCCCAGCGGAGAUUGUCCCUGCCACACUCAAGAGACAGACAAGGCCAGAGACGGCCCGACCUAGGCCCAAGGGUCCAGAAGGACCACAAAGAGGCUCUGGACCCAGUGAUAGGUCUGAGUACAGACGUGCACCACCCAGCAGCGACAAGAAGACAGAUGUUGGACCAGGUGCCGACACAACGUUCCAAUUCAGAGGUGGAUUUGGACGUGGAAAGCCUGCACAAUAAAUGUCAUCUUGUAAAUAGGGGGAAAAUAAAGAAAAAAAAUCUUAAA